CGCUCCGGACACAUGGAGGGGCAGGGAGGAAGAAGGAGCUCAGACAGAGGCUGAUUAAAGCGGUCAGCAGUCACAGGUGGUGGUCUGUGUAAGGGACCGGAGAAUCGUUACAAAAUAUACCAUGAAGAACGAAGGCAUAGAAGGGACGGAGAGGUUUCUGAGCCCGGAUAAAGGCAGGGGCCUGCGGGCGGUGAGGCACUUCGCGGUGGGGGAGCUGGUGUUCGCGUGUCCUGCCUACUCCUACGUGCUGACCGUGAAUGAGAGGGGAGCCCACUGUGAGCACUGCUUCACCAGGAGAGAAGACCUUUUUAAGUGUGGUAAAUGUAAGCAGGCCUACUACUGCAAUGUUGACUGUCAGAGAGGUGAUUGGCCCAUGCACAAGCUGGAGUGUGUAGCGAUGUGUUCCUACGGGGAAAACUGGUGUCCAUCAGAAACAGUCAGACUGGUAGCAAGAAUCAUCAUGAAACAGAGAGCCACAACAGAGCGAACUCCCUCAGAAAGGCUGCUACUGCUUAAAGAGUUUGAAGCUCAUUUAGAUAAGAUGGACAGCGAAAAGGAGGAGAUGAACCAGACAGACAUAGCAGCGCUGCAUCACUUCUACUCCCGACACAUCAGUAACCUUCCUGAUGAACAGGCUCUCACGGAGCUAUUUGCACAGGUUAAUUGUAAUGGUUUUACCAUAGAGGACGAGGAACUCUCACAUCUGGGAUCAGCUGUUUUUCCUGAUGUAGCACUGAUGAAUCAUAGCUGUAGUCCCAAUGUCAUAGUGACCUAUAAAGGCACAGUAGCUGAGGUCAGAGCUGUUAAAGAGAUAAACCCUGGAGAAGAGAUAUUUAACAGCUACAUAGACCUGCUCUACCCUACAGAGGACAGGAAGGAGAGGUUGCUGGAUUCCUAUUUUUUCACAUGCCAGUGCACAGAGUGCACCUCCAGGUCUAAGGACAAGGCAAAAAUGGAGAUCAGGAAGCUGAAUCCUCCGCCAGAACCUGAGGAAAUCCGAUCCAUGGUCCGUUAUGCCAAAAAUGUCAUCGAAGAAUUCAGGCGUGCCAAACACUACAAAACCCCCAGUGAGCUGCUAGAAAUGUGUGAGCUCAGCCUGGAGAAGAUGGGAGCUAUAUUUGCAGACACAAAUGUCUACAUGCUGCACAUGAUGUAUCAGGCCAUGGGGGUGUGCCUGUACAUGCAGGACUGGGAUGGCGCUAUGAGCUAUGGAGAGAAGAUCGUUCAACCAUACAGUGUUCACUAUCCAGCGUAUUCCCUGAAUGUGGCGUCUAUGUAUCUGAAGCUAGGACGUCUGUAUUUGGGGCUCGAGAAGAAGACACAAGGAGUCAAAGCUCUGAAGAAGGCUCUCGCUGUCAUGGAGGUGGCUCAUGGAAAAGAUCACCAUUAUGUAGCUGAAGUCAAACGUGAAAUUGAGGAGCAGAAGUAAAGAAAGAGGAGCUGAAGGAGCAAAAAGAGUAACGAGAGUCCGCAAUGAGGGACCUCUCCAAAAGCAGCAACAACAAAAUACACAUCACAAAUGCAUGGCAUGCAUUGUUUCCCUCUUCAGUUUUUAAAUAUUUUUGUUCCCUCCGUUUCUUCUGCUUCUCUGUGAGCAGUCUUCACUCCUCAAAUCAUGGAUGAGGACCACGUUUUGUAUCUACAGCCGCCUACUUCCUGUCAGACCUGGAUAAAAAAUGGAGACAAAUUGGGGUUACAUUGUUUGAAUGAGAGGAAUACGGCAUCUGAUUUGUUUCUCGUCCAAACUUGAACUACAUUUAAAAUGUUGGUUUUGGUUUCUUUUCAUACAUUGAAUAAAAACAAAAUCCCAUCAGUGGGAAGAUGAAAACAUUUUUUUUUUAUGCAGCCUUUCUUAAGAUACAAAGCUUUUAUGUGAACGGUCUAUUUUCUGAAGCCCAAUUUUAUUUUUUCGUCCUUUUCCUGGUGAGUCUGAUUCAUUCACUGUGUUUUGUGGACCUGUCAAUCAACUGUUUCCUAUCCUUUUUCUUUGGCAGCAGUUAUGGCUACACAGCGUCGCCCCGGGGCAGUUGUUCAUGAUUUAAAAUUUUGUACAAAAAAGUGAACAGUUGUUACUCACAGCUGAUGCAUUUUUAAAUCCUCAGAUAUUCUGGCCUCUUUCGUUUAUGUCUAAACUGUGAAAAUAUGACCAUGCAUCAUGUACUCUGCAUUCUCCUCUCUGGGGCUACAAAGAACUAUUCCUUAAUGAAUAACAAGUAUCUUUUGCUCAUUUAGAAGAAGCAGGAAGUGUUGCAUGUUUGACUGUUCAUGUUUUCUUUGUGUGUGGCUCUUUUUCUUUUCUGUGUCUUCUACUGGGGCUUGUUGACCAAAUAGGCCACAGGUUAAACUGGCAAGGAACCAGCUAUUCAGUCUGUUCAGUGUAUCAUUAAAUCGGGGUGCUGAUAUGUGACCAGUUUGCCUCUUAAGUCACAGUGAAGACAUUGGUACUAUGAUGCUGGAUCAGAGUCCCUUUGCUCUCAGGAAUAAAAGGGGGCAGCACAGUAGCUUUUGUUGCCUUUUUGUCAAGAGAUGCAUUAUUGAACUUUGUUGGUAUUUUCUUCUUCCAGAAGCAGCAUCGAUGCAGAAAUUACCUAUACAGUUGUAGACAGGAUGGUAAAAUACACUAAGAUAGUAGGGUGUAUAGCUUUUACAGUAAUAAAGUAGAGGGUGUCAUCCUUAACUUUUACAUUUUAUUUUCAAGAAUUGGUGUAAUAUUUCAUACAAAGAGAAGUGCAUCUUUUAAUCUAAUUUGUGCACACUUGUAAGCUAAUUCAAACUGUAGUUUAAAACCGAUUGUAACAGUUCCACAUUUUAGGAAGUGCUACCUUUAGCAAGAAUGCUUGUCUUAAGUGUUUGUGGGUCAUUCAAACAGUAGUUGGAGUUUAACAAACCCCCAAAUGGGAGCUGUUAUAGAUCACAAAACUGUAGUUCUGCUUUAGGGUUGACUAAAAUGUAUAGAAAUACUAGGUGGCUGUAUUUAAGGUUUGUUGUUGGGAGGAAUACUUAAAAAAAUAAUUAAUGCAAAGAUUAUCACCAGGGCCUUUGUUGCACUCAGAUUUUGUAUUGAUUUUGUGACACAAUGAUGUCAAAUGGCAAAAAUGUAAGCACAUUUUAUUUCAUUUAAGCAGUUUCUGCAAGUGGACGCUUGGCCUUGUUGCCGUCUUCAUUUUGCACUGCCAGAACCGAUUCAGUUCUGUCGUUCUUUAAAUGCAUGUAGCUUCACUCUAUCUCGUUUACUGUGGAAACAGUUUAAUGCUUAACAUAAAGGUGGCGAACUGACAGUUGGAAAUAAACCAUUUUGAAGGUCAUUUUUGUAGCAAGCUGUGCAAACGUGACUCUGUCACCUGCAAAAAUGCAUCUAAAAGGUGCCUGCCUUACAGUUUUGCCUUGGUAACCCAAAAACACAGUUUGAGUAAUUUCACCUUCUUUAUUUUUGUGUUACUGCUAAAAGAAAUACACAAUGUAAAGAUGGGUUGUAGGCUUGUUUGCACAGGUCAGUAACCUAUGUAUCUAAACUUUCUAUUGGCCAGAAUUGAGCAUUGUGUUUAAUUUUGGUCAAAGACUCAGAAAAUACCGUUAUAUAUUUUCUGUUUUUACUCUGUCAGUAAAGAUAAAACCUGUGGCACCAAUAUUGAAACAGCAUGUAAGUCAGGCAAAGGGUAAUUGGAAGGCCACCUGCACACUGUUUUCUCUUCUUUCUGUAAUGAACUGUUAUCUUUAUCAGGCAUGAAUAUUAUUCUAUUGGAAUGCAUAAUUGAAAAAAUCUGAGCCUCUGGCUCUUUCUGUACCGUGUCGGUGGAAAUCAAUAAAUGACAGUAUCACACUUUGUUCUGUAUUCUAA